AUGGCUUCGGACCUAGAGGCGGCUAACGCCCUCAAAUUGCAGGGCAAUAAGGCUUUUGCCCAGCACAUUUGGCCUACUGCCAUCGACUUUUACAACCAGGCUAUUGAGAAAUACGACAAGGAGCCUUCCUUCUUCUGUAACCGGGCCCAGGCCCAAAUUAAAGUCGAGGCAUUUGGCUUCGCCAUUGCUGAUGCCACCACGGCUUUGGAAUUGGACCCGAACUAUGUCAAGGCUUACUGGAGACGCGCCAUUGCCAACACCGCUAUCCUUCAUUACAAGGCGGCUUUGAAGGAUUUCAAGGCUGUUGUUAAGCGGGAACCUAACAACCAGAACGCCAAGCUGAAGCUUGCUGAAUGUGAGAGACUCGUGCGUCGCAUUGAGUUUGAGAAGGCGAUCGAGAUCUCAGAUCCGCCCUCCGCAUUUGAGGGGUUGGAUAUCGAUGCGAUCAAGGUGGAAGAUGAUUACGAUGGCGUGCGCAUUGGUAACGAGAUGACACAAGAUUUUAUUGACGAUAUGAUUCAAAGAUUCAAGGACGGAAAGAAGAUUCACCGAAAAUAUGUCUUCCAGAUCAUCAAGGCUGUGAAGGAGAUUGUCUACAACGAGCCGACUAUGGUGGAGAUUGGCGUGGACACAGGCAAGAAGUUGACAGUCUGCGGUGAUACUCACGGUCAAUACUUUGACUUACUGAAUAUUUUCCACAUGAACGGCGCCCCCUCCGAUACCCACGCCUAUCUCUUCAACGGUGACUUUGUUGACCGCGGAUCGUGGUCUUGUGAAAUAGCCUUGCUUCUCUAUGCCUACAAGUGGCUGCGACCGAAUGGUCUGUUCCUGAACCGUGGUAAUCACGAAACCGAUGACAUGAACAAGGUUUACGGAUUUGAAGGCGAGUGCAAGGCCAAGUACAACGAGCGCGUUUUCAAGGUCUUCUCCGAGUCAUUCUCUGCCCUACCCCUGGCCACACUGAUCGGCGAAAAGUACCUCGUCCUGCACGGUGGUCUUUUCUCUGAUGAUAAGAUCACCUUGAACGACAUUCGCAAACUCAAUCGCCAUAACCAGCGUCAACCCGGCCAACAGGGCUUGAUGAUGGAGAUGCUUUGGACCGACCCACAAACCCAGCCUGGCCGCAGUCCCAGCAAGCGCGGUGUUGGUCUUCAAUUUGGUCCCGAUAUCACCAAACGCUUCUGUGAAAACAACGGCCUCGAGGCAAUUAUUCGCUCCCAUGAAGUGCGCAUGGAGGGAUAUGAGGUCGAGCACGAUGGUCGCUGUAUCACCGUCUUCUCUGCACCCAAGUAUUGCGACUCAACCGAGAACAAGGGCGCUUACAUCAACAUUGGGCCCGAACUUAAGCUUGAGUACCAAGUGUUUGACGCAGUGCCCCACCCCGAUAUUAAGCCCAUGGCAUAUGCGCAGAACUCGAUCUUGUCGAUGAUGUGA